CUCUAUAAAUCGAGAUUGCCAAGAGACGGGAGUCCAAACUCCAAACGCACCGGAAGCCCGGUCGACAGACUUGUAGCUCCCGUCCUUUCCAUCUGUCUCGCUCGUCGGCUUUGCUUCUGUUUCUGUCUGUCGGCGGGGCGAUGGACGGCGACGUGGAGCAGCCGAUGCUGGCCAAGGGCCCGCCGAGCCACCGCGAGCGGCACUUCACGGCGGGGGAGGUGGUGCGCGACGUCAUCAUGGGCGUCUCCGACGGCCUCACCGUGCCCUUCGCCCUCGCCGCGGGCCUCUCCGGCGCCAGCGCGCCGUCCUCGCUCGUCCUCACCGCCGGCCUCGCCGAGGUCGCCGCCGGUGCCAUCUCCAUGGGCCUUGGAGGGUACCUGGCGGCCAAAAGCGAGGCAGAUCAUUACAAGCGGGAGAUGAAGAGGGAGCAGGAGGAGAUCAUUGCCGUCCCAGAAACCGAGGCUGCUGAGAUUGGAGAUAUCAUGGCAGAGUAUGGGCUUGAACCGCAUGAGUAUGGACCUGUCGUGGAGGGCCUCAGAAGGAACCCACAAGCUUGGCUCGAGUUCAUGAUGAGGUUUGAACUCGGAUUGGAGAAGCCGGACCCUAGAAGAGCUUUGCAGAGUGCUUUCACAAUAGCGCUAUCUUAUGUCAUCGGUGGAUUGGUCCCUCUCCUGCCCUACAUGUUCAUCUCCACAGUCCAGGACGCCAUGCUCACAUCAGUCGUAGUCACACUUCUUGCGCUCCUCGUCUUUGGGUACAUAAAGGGUCGCUUUACUGGAAGCCGCCCGUUCCUUAGCGCUAUACAGACUACUAUAAUUGGUGCUGUUGCUUCUGCUGCAGCAUAUGGAAUGGCGAAGGCUGUGCAAGCUAGAUAGGUUGUUCAGGGGCCUUUCUGCAUUUGUAUCCAAACUUUUGACUAGUCUGCAAUGAAUUCAGAUCCUUUGAACAAUGCAUUACAUUAUCAAUUGCCGACGAAGCUAGUCUUGUUUA